AUGGCGGAGCCAACGACUGAGCCAACGACCAAACAAAAUAGAUCAGCAGUCUAUUCAACAACCAGACUACCUGCAGGAUAUAAAUUCAGUCCAGAAAAUUUCCUCCCAGCUCCUCGAGCUUGGAAAUCCUUGGUUGUGCCACCUGAAGAACGGAUCAAAGAGCUCAAGGCGCUGCUAGGAAAUCCGAUGUUUUCGAAACAAGAAAUCAACAUAUUGGCUCUUAUUGAGUUAUAUGAGACUGGUAAAAUGAAGCCUCUUACUCGCACAAAUAAGACUUGGCUCUGCAAUGGCAAGAUUGUGGACAGAAGUUAUGUCAUGGACCUCAAUAACCCUCCACCUGAAGGAUCUGUCAUCUGGCCAGAGUCUGGUCAGGCACGACCGGUGCAGGCUUAUUCUACCGGGUUUAUGGCGGGGAGCGACAUGCAUGAGAUAUUUGCUAGGAUCCGUCUCAGUCCUGGUCAAUGCGGCGACCCAAAUCAUUUCAUCGAGUGCCGAAUCUCAAAUGAUACAGGUAGCAACGGGCAAGGGCUUUUCAGAUCUGAUUUGGACGCUUUGAAUCUUGACCCGCUCACAUACCUAGGUCUUAUAUUUGAUAGGAGAGUCGAAACCGCUGGCGGAGUACUUAAUCGGCUUUCAAUAAUCAUUGAGAUGCAAAUUGUCAGUUCUGAGGGGGAUACGCUGACGCCCUGGUUCCAAGAGGAGGCGAUCGUUUGGGAGGACUAUGAAUCUUUACAGCGGCUUUCUGGAAGUGCUAUGCGUGAAUAUCUUUACUUUGCCACUGCUCCUGGAAAUCAAAAGCUAUAUAUGGCAAAGAAGAAGGGUGGGCUUAUGUCGCUGCUUCCAGCGAUCAACCUUAGGUUGUAA